CUUGCAAGAUGGCGGCUACCAUGUUUGCGAAUUCUUCCCAUUUGACUGAAAGAAAACUGGCUCAAAAUGCCAAUAAUAUUGUCCCCGACUGGAUGGCAGAGGAAGAGAGUACUGGAACGUCCAUCUUUGCAGUAGCUUUCGAUGGUGGUGUCGUGGUGGGAGCAGAUUCCAGGACCACCACUGGGUCGUACAUCGCCAAUCGUAUCACAGACAAGCUCACGCCUGUCACCGACUACAUCUUCUGCUGUCGCUCAGGAUCUGCGGCUGAUACUCAGGCCAUCUCAGACAUCGUCAAGUAUCAACUCAACUUCCAUAAGAUGGAAAUUGGUGAAGAGCCCUCAGUGAAGACGGCAGCACACGUGUUUCAAGAGCUGUGUUAUGGCUACAGGGACAGACUGAUGGCUGGUAUCAUCGUCGGAGGCUGGGAUGAGAAAAAUGGAGGACAGGUAUACUCCGUGCCUCUUGGCGGUAUGUUAGUGAAGCAGCCUUUCGCCUGUGGUGGAUCAGGCAGCACUUACAUCUGGGGAUGGGUGGACGCUAACUACAAGGAGAACAUGUCCAAGGAGGAAUGUAAAAAAUUUGUUGCAGAUGGUCUCGCCCUUGCGAUGUGUCGUGACGGCUCUAGCGGCGGUGUGAUUCGGUUAGCCGCAAUAACAAAAGAUGGCGUUGAAAGGAGCACAAUAUUAGGAGACAAGUUACCACGAUUCUAUGAGGGAUAAUAACAUGUUGAUUGGAGAAAAACAUUUGAUGUAUUUUGAUCGGGAUGAAUUGGCGGGUCCUGACAGUUUUAUCAAAGGUCAUCCUUGCAGCGCUUGAUAAGACGUGCCCCGUUAACUUUUGCGCAGUGGGGUAGAACGGUCUUUUCAGUCGAGAGCAAAAUAACAUAAUGAGGUGUUUGAAGGAAUGAGGAGUUUUGCGUUUACAGUCAGGCAAGAAUCCCCUAUGCUGAUCAGCAGGUGGUAGCCUGAUCAGGCUACGAUUGACACAUUGGGGAUCCUCACCUGACUGCUGUGCAGGUGAUGCACAGGCAAAUGAAUUAUUUACAUAUGGACUGUGGUAAAACACAGGCGUAUGAGUAACCUUUUUCAAGGUUUGAGCAUAAGACAAAUCACAUGUCAAAGUUGUAUUCCCAGGUGUGGGUCUCUUAAAGCGUUUUAUCGCAAAACACGAAACUCAAUAUUAUUAGUUAGCCAUAUCAUGGCAUAUCCGAUAUCACAACUCAUUUAUACAAAGUAAAGUUUCGCUCCAACAGUAAAGUUUUAUGAUCAAAAACUUCUAAAACUUUGAAGCUUUUUUCUCAGAAUCUUGUUUUGUGAUGAAACUCUGCAUUUGUGUUGUAGUUGUAGUGUAGGGUAAAAUUAGGCCUGGUUUCAUCAUUUCCCAUAAUUUGAUCAAUAUUCAAAUAACUGGGAAUUGAAACAAAUGUGGUGUUCUUUUUGAGUUGAAUGAGUCGGAAACCAACCUCAUCAUAAAUAUGUGCUGGCGUUUAUUCAAUAUAAGUUUCUAGAAAAUGAUCAA